AGGAGCUCCCCUUGCCCCCAAACCGCAACUCAAGUGCUGCAACAGGAGAGGCUCCAGCAGCACCGCAUUCAUUCAUUCUUGAAUGACAACGACGGCCCCAAGACCAUGCUUUCUCACGCCCCCACUUCGCCUGAUGAGUCCAUGGCCAAGCAUCGUGCCGAAGUAGCCCGGAAGAUUGAGGACAUAACGUCCAACUUCAACGGCUGA